AUGGAGGUCUGGUGGCUGAAUCUGGUGGUCGUGUUGUGUCUGUUGUUUGCUCUCUUUCUGUCCUUGCCUCUUGAGGCUUUUGCGCGGCUUCCCUUCCACUCUUUUGUUCGCAUUGAGAGUGUGAAGUUUCACAAGGCAUUUUUUCGCAAAUACUUCUUGAUUCUAUUCCACAUUAUUCCAAUAACUCUGCACUUGUGUUCUUUGCUUGUCAUCUUCCUUCUUCAAACACUUCAAAGCAGCACAAUUUACAACAUAACUGCAUCAAGUCCACUGGUUCAGAACCAAACCCUGGUCUCUAGUAGUCAAAUCUUUGAGCUUGGAUUCUUCACGCCUAAUGGAUCAGCAAAGCAGUACCUAGGAAUAUGGUACAAGAACAUGACUCCCUCCAAAAAAGUCUGGGUGGCCAACAGGAACAAGCCAAUUGGACACACAGAUAAAUCUGCGAGUUUAAUAAUUGGCAACGAUGGAAAUCUGAAGCUUCUUGAUGGGCAAAAAAACACUGUGUGGUCGACUAAUGUCAUGGCAAAGUCAAAUUAUUCUGCAGCCCUCCUUUCAGACUAUGGAAACUUUGUUCUUCAAGACAGGAAUGCGAAUAUAUUGUGGGAAAGCUUUGAUGAGCCAACUGACACUCUCCUGCCAAACAUGACGAUUGGAGUAAACAUGAAAACAGGAAAGAAACGAAACUUGAUUUCCUGGAAAGGCGAAGAUGAUCCCUCCUUCGGAAGCUUUGUCGUAGGAGUGACAUCGGAGACACCACCUCAGCUUUUCACUUGGAAUGGAUUGAGUCGUUACUGGAGAAGUGGACAAUGGGAUAAAACCAGGUUCAUCGGAAUACCCACCAUGGACAACACAUACUAUGAUGUCCAGCAAGAUAUUGUCCAGGGAACAUCAAAUUAUACCAACAAUAAUCACAACAACUCCAUCUUUGGAUAUACUUUCAUCUCUUUUGAAGGAACUUUAAAGGCGGUUUGGUGGGCCAAUCACUGGUCAACAUACUGGGAGGCACCGGCACCAACUAAACCUUGUGAAAUUUAUGGAAAAUGUGGGCCCUUUGGAGUUUGCAACCAGUCUAGUUCACCUAUUUGUCGAUGCUUAGAAGGUUUCAAACCAAUAUCAGAUGAAGAAUGGAACAGAGGAAACUGGACCAAAGGAUGCCUUAGGGAAUUGGAAUUGAAUUGUCAGAAAUCUGCAAGCACAGCUGCUUCAACGACUGUC